AAAAACAAAUUGUCUCUGUUUAAACAAGACAUUAAUAGGUUACAAAAAUUAAAUUUAAGAUUAAAAAGACUAUUUAAAAAUAUUAAAGCGCCUGAAUUCGAUUUUGAAGAAACUCUCGAGAUGACGACAAUUAGGCCAUUUACAUGUGAAGAUAUGUUGCAUUUUAACAAGGUGAAUCUUGACCCUUUAACAGAGACUUAUGGUCUAUCUUUUUAUACCCAGUAUUUAGCACACUGGCCUGAAUUUUUCCUAGUUGCAGAAUCGCCCAGUGAGGAAAUAAUGGGAUACAUCAUGGGAAAAGCAGAAGGCCAUGGGGAGAAUUGGCAUGGUCAUGUAACUGCCUUGACUGUCAGCCCAGAUUAUAGACGUUUAGGCAUUGCAGCUACAUUGAUGAAUAUAUUAGAAGAGGUGUCUGAAAAGAAAAAAGCUUAUUUUGUUGAUUUAUUUGUGAGAGUGAGCAAUAAAGUAGCAAUAAAUAUGUACAAGAACUUGGGAUAUAUUGUUUAUAGAACAGUACUGGAAUACUAUUCAGGAGACCCCGAUGAAGAUGCAUAUGAUAUGAGAAAAGCAUGUUCAAGAGAUAUUAAUAAGAAGUCAGUUGUACCUUUAACACAUCCUGUACGGCCUGAAGAUGUUGAUUGAUUUAGUUUAAAAUAAAAAAGAAAUAAAUAUUUUGAUAAAUAUUA